UGAACUUAACUGUAACAUCAAGAAUCAAGAUCAAAUCAAGAUCAGUGUUGACACUUGUGCUGGCAGUUAGGUAGAUACACUUCGCUGCGUCAUUAUUCAGAUAUCUGGUGUCACCAUGAGGUUGCUCCUCAUUACGGCAGUGUUGUUGGUUCCUGUCAUAAAUGCUGCUGAGAAGGUGACUUGGGAUGUGCUCAUUUUCACCCAGCAGUGGCCAAUCACCAGCUGCAUUAGUCACAUGGAGCAUGACCCAGGUGCUUCAUGCAACCUCUUUCCCAACAUGACCUCUUGGACUGUCCAUGGAAUCUGGCCAACCACGCUGGGAACCAUUGGUCCAAAUUUUUGCAAUAAAUCAUGGCAUUUUCAAGAAAAAGAAAUAAUUGCCAUUGAGCCUUAUCUAAUCAAGUACUGGGGCAACAUAUAUGCUGAGGAUUCCCGCACCUCACUUUGGAAGCACGAGUGGUUAAAGCAUGGCACAUGUGCUGCUCAGCUGCCUCAACUAAAUACUCAGAAGAAAUAUUUUGAGAAAGGGCUGGAGUGGGUGGUGCGGUAUGAUAUUCUUGCCGUCCUCACUAAGAGCAACAUCAUGCCAUCUGAUUUGGAGACACAUUCUGUCAAGAACAUCUUUCAAGCUGUGAAAGAUGCAUUUGGGGUCGAUCCAGCCAUCGAUUGUAUUUAUGAUAAAAAUACUAGACAACACAUACUGUCUCAGAUAAAACUCUGCUUUGACCCAUCACUGAAGUUAGUUGACUGUGAUGGCAUUAUUGGCUUUGGGACCCAUCAACUAGGUACUUGUCCUCCUAAAGGCAUCACUUACCCUGCCACUGUCAGGAAUGGCGACAAGACCUACAGGUACCCCAAGAAACUUGCAGUGGCUCACACCCGUGCCUGGGAUGAGGCCAACUCCCGGUGCAAUUCAUGGAUUUGUCGUGCUCUCGUCUAUGUCUACGUCCUUACAUGGAUGACUCUUUAAAAUUUGUGAACAAGGAACAGAACAAUUGAAAAGCAUACAGAUAAUAUUAAAUUUUAUAAUUUAUGGUAAAAUUGUUUGUUAAAUGAAGACAUUUGCUUCUUGUUCACCCUCUACAGGGUGUACACAGUUUUCCUCCUUCAUGAAGCUCUACUCACUUCACCUUGGUAACUUUAUAUAUAUAUAUAUAUAUAUAUAUAUAUAUAUAUAUAUAUAUAUAUAUAUAUAUAUAUAUAUAUAUAUAUAUAUAUAUAUAUAUAUAUAUACACACCUGUUUUAAGACCUCAUAUUUAAAGAAUACUUCUGGUGCUUUUCUUCCAUUGUUAUCAAGAAAGUGAUGUACGUACAUACGUCUGCAUGUAUAAAACACAGAAUUUAGGAUAAAUAGAUGUCUUGUGUCAAGUUAUACUGUUACCUGACAUUUUAAACUAACGGAUAUGCUAUACUCAUGUUUCCAGACCACUCCAGAUAUUAAUUUUCUGUUUAAAGAACUUAUUCUUUAAAGUUAUUCUUUAAACAUCUAAUCUCCCUUCACUACACUGCUGUCCUCUUGUUCUUGCUAUGUUUCUCUCUAGUCAUGUCCGUCCACAUUUGUCACUACAAAUCUAAGUCAUGAUUAAAUCUUCUCUUUCUCUUAAAUUCCAUAAUGUUUGCAACCCAAAUUUACAUAACUCAUCUUCAUGGGUAAGCUAUUUAAGGCUAUGUAGUUCUUUUGUCUUGUGAUUAGGUAGCCCUCACUUCAACAGGAAACCGCAUUCUUCAUUAUAAUGCUGCAGUAGUUUUCAGCCUAUUUAAAUUUCUGGCAACAAUUAAAAACUUUCUUGGAGUAUUGCACAAGCAUGUCACUAAAUCUGAAACUACAUCCCAUGUGACAUUUGUGUCUGUUUUCCUAUGAAAAAUGUCCUAAAUCUGAUAGUGCAACUUGUAUUACUAUCGUUCAAUACUUUUGCCUGUUUUCCUAUGAAAAAUGUCUUAAAUCUGAUAGUGCAACUUGCAUUACUAUCUUUCAAUACUUUUGUAUUACUAUCAUCUACAAUAUUUUGUUUUCAAAAUAAUUGCUCUUAAGAAGGAAGAUCAUGAAAGUAAUAUUCGAGUUUAAAGAUUUGCAUUUGUGGAAGUGAAUUUUCAUUUACUGUGCUUUAGCACACACACAUUAAAAAAUCAUAAAAAUUGUACAUUUUCCUUCUGGAGAAAUAUGAGGGCCAGCACAGGAAUGAUACACAAGUGCCAACCCCUUGAAGAUUGAGAUAAUGCUAUUCCAUAAUUCAUACAAUGAACUUUUACAUGCUUAUAGUGGAAGGGGGAGAAAUCCCACAGAUAGCAAGGUUGGAAAGCCAUAUAAACACAUAAUGUUUUAGAUUUAACUCUUCCUGCAUUUCCACAACACCUUGCAGAGGAUUGAUAAACAAGCACCACUAGGCUGCACACACAACAGUAUGUAAUUUGAUAACGUGUCGGACACACCCUGUUUCUUUUGGUAUUAUCCCCGGCCACCUUGUGUGUGUGUACAGAGUUAGGUAGAUUAGUUUCCAUUCUCAUUCCCAGUCUGUUUAUUUCCUGUAUUUGCUUGCAUUCUGCAUUAUUGUUCUGUUUUUAAGAGUACUGCAGUAGUUUUAAUCAAUGAAACCAAGUUUAGUGACAGCAAAUUAAUGAAGGUAUUGUUUAUAAGGUGUUUUGUUCAAAGGAAAACACAAGAACCAUACAACCUCUCACAAGGGUAGGCAGUGCCCCUAUACUCUUACUAAUAAUAAUUGUGAAUCAAGUGAAUUUACUGCAAAUGACUAAAUUCUUAGUCCUCAUUACUGUACUUUCCUGACUAUACUAUUGCAACAGCUGUUGAUUCCAAGUUGCAGAGUCAAGUGGUAUAAGAAUUAUCACAAGUAUGAUGCACAAUGGUGUGAUGAUGCAGAUUCAUCUUCUGUUAAUGAUACUCCUACUAAUUGUUGAACAAGGUAUGCUCUUUGUGGUAAUAGCAAACAAGGUGAAAGUUGCGUUGUAUCAGACGACAAAUAUCAUCAUGAUGGUAAAAAAUAGUAUGUGUGCAUAAUUAUCUGCAAGAAAUCAGCAUCAUCUUCCCUUUGAUUCAAACAUAAUCUGUCAUUCUAUAAAAAUGACAUUUGUGUAUCAUUCUCCACACGGAAUUCUAUAAAACAGCACUUGUGUAUCAUUCUAUGCAUGUAAUUAUCAUAAUUUCAUCUAUAACUUUGUAUGUGAUUUCUGGCACUUUAUAACGAUGGUGCUUGUGUGUCAUUCUGUGCUGGGCCUCAUAUGACCACUGCAAUAUUUAGUGCAAUCUCCACUUCCAGUAUCAGCUAAUCUCUAAUAAUGGCCAGAUUACUUAUGUUGUGCAAUCAAGAGCCUGUUUAAAUGUAGUACAAUGGAAUACUGGUAGUUACUGAUGAAAUACAUGUGACAUUUGCACCUUGUUGCUCAUUAAUAAUUAUACUGUUUUUGUGUGUAAAAAGGACUAAAAACCACAAAAAUACCUCUGAGUAGACAGUAUUUGCAGGAUUGUUAUAAAAUUUUUGUUGAAUAUUUAACUACAUAUUUUUACAUAAUUCCAAGAAGCAUUGUUUUGCAGGUAUAAAGACUUUGCAUGAGUUUUCUAUAAAUUGUUGGAAAAUAAAUAAUAGAAUACAAUGGUGCACAAAA